AUGAAUCUGCGCGAUCAGCUGCUGGGGUCGCUUGCGACGCUCCCGGGGACCCGCGAGUUCCACAUCCACGUUCUUGUCUCGUCGCCGCGCAAGAGGUCCGAUCUAUUCCCCUACGCAAAGCCUCGGCCUCGGGUUUACCUGCAGGAUAUUCUUAUCCUUCUGUCGGAACAGACCACGCCAGACUCUCCCCGGAUUCUGGUCACUGCCAUUGAGGCAUCAUUCUACAACAACCCUGCCACGUCAUGCGGCAUUCUCUACAUCUCCAAGGUCGACUCAUCGGGGCACGCCACAAGGCCGUCUCCCACUGCUGCGCUCGUGAAGGGGCUGCUCAAAUUCUAUGCUGACCCGUCCACCAGACCCGUGCACGUUGAUCACCUCUGGAUACAGCUGUUCGCUCGUGCACAGGCACAGUACCUCUUCCCCAACUCUUCUGAAUUCUCCGGAAAGCGGCCGUUGGCGGAUGCACAGCUCUGCGUAUGGUGGAAACGUCUGCUGUCUGACACGACGUCGGACGUGGCUGCACGAGGAGAGGAGACGAUAAAAAUAAGGCAGUACUACGUACUCCCUGGGUUCAGUGAGCUCGAAGCAGUACAUUCGCUAAAGAUAUCCCAGAGCACUUCGGGUUCUGAUGGUUCCGGCAACCUUCCGUGGACGUACGGGCACCCUUAUUCACAAUCUGACAUACCUUUACCCUGCACUUCUGGAAGGAGGGAGCAUUCUCGUCUGAAUCUAGGGCACUUCAUCCCAUCAUUCGACGACGAUCCAAAGUCUCGAUUUAUGGACGAGAUUGCACACACGACAAACGCCGACGGGAUAGGCUCUCCCAAACAGAAACGAGCGCGCACGUCCAGCCAUGGCGAUCGAUCCGCCGAUCGUCCCACCAGCGAGCAAGACGAUGACGAAGACGGGGCACAAGGGGAGCUGGGCAAGGUGACUCCUGACGAAUUCUGGGAACGGAUGUCGUUCCGCCAGGAAUGCGUCUCUGGUGUGGUAACGGGCUUCUUCGCCGUGGGGAUGUCUUCACAGCGCCGGUCGCGCACCACCCCUGCUUCAUCAGCCGCGUCGCCACUGGCCCCGCAGCCCGGGCAGGUUGCGCCGCGCAUGGUGCGGCGUGUCGUCGCGACGCUGCUGCACCACCACGAGUUCUCCACCCGCUCUCGCGCCGUGCGCGCGACGGAGACCCUCGAGGGGGCGAUCAAGGGCCUGUGCGAGGACCUCGCGCCGGUGCCCUCGUCACCCACGCCUUCGGUCCGUCAUGCGGAGCGGCCGUCCACGCCCGAGCCUGGUCCCUCGCGCAUGGCCCUAGAAGUGCCGUGCACCCCUCCGCCCCGCACCGGGGGCAGGGCGCACGUCCCGGACGUGUCGCCCAACCCGUUUGCGGAGCCCGUCGCGUCGCUGGAGACGUACCGGUCGUACAUCUACGGCGCGGUCGCGGUGAGCAACGCGCCGCUGCCGGCGAGGGGCGGGGCACACGGGGCGCCUGGGGGCGGCGCGGGCACUGCUCCGCCGGUGACAGUGCUGGCGGUGCGGAAGAAGAGAAAGGCUCCGUCGUGA